AUGUCCUCGAGCCCCCUCUCCUCAGCGAGUACCGUCUCCUUGGUCACCACGCUCUGUUCAUUAGGCGGAGCCAUGAGUCAGCAGAAUUCGACGGAGGAGUUGCCUUCCCUGGGCUCCGACGAAAGCCAACCUUCCCGGCGGGAGUCGCGGGACAGCGGAGACUUGGGAACGGACUACAAAUACAAUGAGGGCCCAGCAAGUCGCAGUGGAAUCUGUGAAACCACUUCGUAUACAGCACGUAUCGCAUCAGUCGACGACAACGACUCGAGCGAAGAGUUGACCGCCGUCUCCCAGGCAAGACGCAGCUCCGCCAAUCUCCCGCCAGACAUGAAGACAUUUAUAUCCACUUUGCAGAGUUUGAAGGACCAGUCGUCUUUUUUCGAAUCGAGUGAGGACCCGUACGCGUGGCGGAUCCCGAGGGAUGUCAGUAUGCCCCGAUCCUACGCAUCGUAUCGCGAGGCCGUCGACAAACAUCUACACGUUCUCAGCUUUGUCGAAGAAGACCCAGAGCCAGAGAGCUCCGAAGACGGAAAGGCUUCAGAGUAUAGCGAGUACACAUCCAGUGACGACGCACCUCCCCAGCCUCGUGACCCUCGCCAAACAUCCCUCUUUCAGGGUUACUCAGCCAUCAGUAGCCAGUCACAUUGCGAUCUGAAUGGCGCCACCUAUCACACCGUCACUGCCUCAUCAGCCAGUGACAACAGUCAGAGCGACACCAGCAUCCGCGAAGUUGCUGGAUCUGGAGACUCCGAGCGCCACCCCUUUGACUUGCCAUCGGUCUAUAGUCCUUUCCCCGACCAGGACUCCAUGGUCACGUCUAGAAGUACAGCCGUACCCGCAUCUGAAAUCGCUGUCGUCUCCGGCCCCUCGAGUAGGACCAGUGAUGGCCAUAGGUACACUUCCGAGGUAGACGAUUGGGACGACAUCAGCGUGCCAGACGAUUCGGGGUACCGGAGUCCUAUGUCUAGCUUCGAAACCUCAAGCUACGACGACCGUCAUACGAGAUCCAAGCACGUAACGCCUUUCGGACAGGCUAAGCAGUGGCUCAAGUCAUGGAAGGCCACUCGGGAGUCUUCGCGACAAACUCGUGCGGGCGCGACCUCCACUGCUAGUCCGAUGCAAGGUGGCUUUUCCCGCGCCAUCUCAUACGUCACCAGCAAGUGUGCCCCUCCACUCACUGACUUCCACUCCAAGAUGCACGCACUCCGCGGUACUGCCCAGUCCGAUAUGCCCAGCACGCGUAAAUCCCUCUUCUCCCGAUCUCGAAUGACUGGCAAGAUGUCGUCAGCCUACACGAAAGUGAGCAACUUUAACGCCUCGUCGUGCUAUGAGCGCGCUGCAACGGCGACGGGGAACUGUUACUCUAUUGCUGCAUUCAAUGUGAGCAAGGGGGUCAGCAGUGCGUGGGACUGCACGGGUGGGGCGGUCGCUAGCAGGGUGUGGAAGAGCAGUAAUGCCCGCUCGGGCGCUAACGCUCCUUCAUCACGCAACGACGGCGGCACUACCGCCGGAAGUGGUACCUUCCUCUCCAAGGUCCAAUCCACCUUUCGCAGCGGGCGCUCAGCAUUUGGUAAGAUCACAGCCAAGAGCGGAAGAGGUGGGAUAUUCCGGACGGGCCUUACAUGGGCGCGGGGUACUCAAGCUACGGAUACAGAUGCACGCACAGAAUCUGUAUGCCCGCGUCUCACAUUGACAGACUUCGGACCGUCCAUCGUAGACGGCGCAGAUCUCCUCGAACCGGAUUGGACGGAACAGUUUGCAUCCUAG